AUGGAUCCGACAGAAGAUCGACCAGAAAGGGACGCACAAGCUACAGCGGGACCAUCGGGGACAGAUGCUCAACCUACUGGUGGCUUCACAAAGCGCAAGAACCGUGGGAAUUUGCGGAAACGACCUGCUGAUGAUCCUCAGGAUAAAGAAGGUGAUGAAGCCGUGGAAGGAGUGUCAGUUGUGAGGAAGGCAGCACGGGCGAGCAAGGAUGCCCCCCUGGCCUUCUCCACGAAAGCUCAGAACGGAGACAAACUUGAGGUCUUCAAGUUUGAGAGCUCCAGACAGCUGCAACAGACCACCGAUCAGGGCGCCACCCGGCUGAACGAGAUGGAGACUGCGCAUGACAGGGAUUCCAGGCAAGCACUUUUACCUCCUCUGGCAAGGAGAGAGGCGGUGCUGCGGCAGGCCACAGAUGGCGAGCAAGAUGACGGCACUUACAAGGGCAUGAAUGACUACGUGGACUACCGGAAGGGGUUCCGAAGGGAGCACACCAUUGGCAAUGAGAAGGGGACCGGCCUGCAUGGGCCGCUGCGAGCCUCCGCCAACGUGCGCAUGACUGUGCGCUUCGACUACCAGCCGGACAUCUGCAAGGACUACAAGGAAACCGGCUUCUGCGGCUACGGCGACGCGUGCAAGUUUGUGCACGACCGGUCAGACUACAAGUCUGGGUGGGAACUGGACAAGGAAUGGGAUGCCAGGGAGAAGAGGCUGCAGGAGGCAAAGUGGGGGGACCAGGAGUCAGGGGAUGAGGAGGAGGAGGAUGAUGGCCUGCCCUUUGCAUGCUACAUCUGCAGGGAGCCCUGGGAAAAGAUUGCCAGCCCGGUGGUCACCAAGUGCAAGCACUACUUCUGCGAGAAGUGCGCGCUGGAACACAAUGCAAAGAGCUCAAAAUGCUUUGUCUGCGAGGCGCCCACGCAGGGUAUCUUCAAUGUUGCCAACGACAUCAAACGGAAAGUCAAGCAGAAAGAUCGCAAGGAUGCUGCCUGACAUGAUCCGUUCUGCCCCUUGUCUCGAGGUUCAUUUCAGACAUCAGAUGUGCGAGUGCGAGAAGAAAAUGUGUGAGAUCUCUAGAGGCACCUUUUCGUACACUUGCUUGUUUGAUCAGAGAAUUUGUAUGCUGACAUCAAAUUAGCUGAGCAGAGAACAUCAAUCAUAACAGCGCUAGCAGCAGUUCAGUGCGUUGGGAAAGUCACAUCCUGAGUCUAAGUGAUGAUCACUUAGUGAUCACAUGAACAUGACCAUGAACGUAGAAAGGACAUCACUAUUAUUCGCCAGUGGAUCGCCUACUAUGUUUAGCCUUCAAGGUGUCAGUUCAAGGUGUGGGAAAAGUGCCAAUACCGUAUAGUACCGAGUGGCUCCUGUGGUUUUAACACCCGGUGUACACCCGGGGCCCGGUGUCGCGGGUACAUGUACGGCAAGCCGUCACACAGCAGCUCAGUACUACUACAGUGAGCUGCAUGUUUAUGAUUUCUGG